AGUACAGACGUUUACGAGUGGCUUUGAAAGCUUCACGUCACUAUGGUAACUCAACGCAAACGAGGACUUCUGACUGAAAGUCAGUGUGAAGAGAUUUUAGCGUUAGCUAAGACAAAAUAGAGCUAUAAUUACGUAUCUAAGUAAAUAAUAAAAUCAGGCCUGAGAGGGCAAAAGCAUGAUGGACAAACUUGAAGAAGAAAGUUUUUUGAAAAAGGUUGAUAAAAUAAGCGAGAUAGUGAAGGAUCUAAAUUCCACUGAUGUUGAAGUCCAGCAAAAAGCAAUGAAGACAGCUGAUUGCUACAUUGCUGCCUUGGAGGAACCUUGCAGGACAAAAGUAAACAAGACUACAAUCAACACAAACCCACCACUUCAGCCUUCCUUGGGUCUACAGAGUGAAAGUGCAGUUAAUUUCAUGACGAAUAUGGAGAGAGAUGCUGAAGACAGGAGAGUAAGGAGGAUUGCAAAAGCAAAAAAGGCAACUGCUCUCAAAGACAAGGGGAACGAAGCUUUUGCUCAAGAAGACUAUGUAACUGCUGUGCAGUAUUACAGUGAUGGCUUGGCUGAACUACGGGACAUGCGGCCAUUGUACACCAACAGAGCACAAGCCUAUAUCCGGCUGGGGAAGUACAAGGAGGCCAUCAGUGAUUGUGAAUGGGCCCUGAAGUGUAAUGAGAGGUGCAUUAAGGCAUACCUACACAUGGGGAAAGCAUAUCUGGCAUUAAAGAAAUAUAAUGAGUCCAGAAAAUCCUUUGAAAAGAUUAUGGAAAUUGAACCUGUAAGGGAAAAGAUGGUCAAAGAACACCUAACCCAGGUAAAUUUGGAAGAGGUUAGAGCGAGUCAGGAGAUGAAUGCAAUGCAAGAGUUUGAAAAGGGAGAGGCCAGCGCCACAAGAGUGCCCCAGCUGCUGGAGAAGCUGUCAAGGCCGGGCCAGAUUCCCUUGUACUACUGUGGAGGAUUGGAGAUUCUAUCACAAGCAGUUACUGACUGUACAGGCCAGACCCUUUUCAGACUGAACAAUGGCUUUAGUAUCAUCAGCAGCAAUGACACAGUGAGGAGUUGCCUGUUGCAGAAAACAAAGGAUCCAGACAGCCAGGAGUUGUGUGUGUCUGUUCUGAAACUAUGGAGGGUUAUUUGUUGCGGAAACGAUGAAAACCAAAAAAUGUUGAUGACAUGCCCAGUCACCAGGGAGUUCAUUGUUCACUUGGUAACAUCCGAGCAUGUUGCAGUGCAGGAAGAAUGCCUGGCAUUAAUAUGCUUGUACUCACAGAUGCCACAUGGCAGACGUUUGGCCAUCGACAACCUGAAUUUGCACAUGUUAGUGAGGAACCUCAUGGAGUGCAUCUCAAAGCCAAAGCAGCAGCAGGAGAACACAGCGGUCAACAUUCUGGAGAACUUUGCAACAGAAAACAAAUUUUGCAUUCAGCUAAGGGACGUGUUGACAGACUCUGUUAUUGUGCCAUUUACAAAACUACUGAGUAAUAUAAGCAAGUCCAAUCAGCACGUCCUUGCAUCACUGAUAUCAGCUGUUGGCUGUCUGGCUCGAGAUGACGUCAUCUGUCAAAGUUUUGCUCAUGAUCAAGAAUGUUGGAAGGCCUUUGUGGAAGCCAUUAAGCAGUGCAAAGCAUGUGAAUACAAAGAGGUAAUUUACCCUAUGCUUGGUUUGAUCAUCAACCUUUCAGCUAUCACCUCUCCAAUCAUUCAGGAACAUGCUGUUUCACUGUGUGACUGCUGCCUGGGCCUGCUGAGGGAUAGUGACGGAGGAGUCAUAACUAGAGCCACAGGCGUGCUGAGCAAUGUCCUCCCUCAGUCCCCUGAGGCCGUUCAACAUGUUAUUCAGGGGAAUAUUGUCCGGACCAUGCGCAGGCUGCUAAAGGGGACAGGGCAGACUGCCACUAAGUACGCCAUUAAGACUCUGACUGUGUGCACUGCUGCCAGUCACUCGGCACGGGAGGAGCUGGUGAAGUCUGAUAAAAAGCUGUCUGUUUUGCGUCAUUUGCUGGGUUUAAGCUGUGAUGAGAUGGUGUCAGGAAAUGCAGCCCUUUGCUUGGCCCACUGCUUUGAAUUGGACGGAGUUGCCAGCACCCUGCUGGGUACUGAUGUUGUGCUGCUGCUGCUGCGCCACGCUGCAGGGGACGCUAAGAGGACAGCUGUGCGGCAAAAUGCAGCGAUUGCUCUGGGGAAGCUGUGUCGAUCUGAGCCCAGACACGUGAACAAACUUCGAGAACUGCAGGGCCUUGAGAUCCUGCAUUCCUGUAUGAAGUUCAUCACAUGAACCCAGUACAUCAUUUAUCUUCUCCUCGCUUAUUAUCAGUCUUCUUGUGUAUUUUGUUUGAGCUAUUGGCUUAUUGGGGGAAACAAAAAUUCACAAAAGAAGAUUUUGGCUGUUCUUGUGCUUAUUUUUCUUAUUUGGUCUUGCUUUUGUGAAAAACACUUGUGCACACAGCUUUGUGCAGUCAAUUUAAUUUCUGUCUGUUAUAUUUGGUGGCCGACAGGGGCAAAGCAACUGCAACUUUAUGAAACACAUGCAGAUAGGCAAAACACAAGCAAAUUAAGAAAACCUCAUAUUUAUUUAACAACACAUGCGCAGCAUUGAGCAAACACACUGCAUAUACACAACCAUAUAACACAACCAAAUACAGAAACAAUGCUAAAAUAAAAGCUUACGUGUUUCAUUAAGUUGCAGUGCAUUUGCCUGUUGGUCACCAUAACUAUAAGAUUAGAAUAUCAUUUUAUAGCAGAAAAUGUGUCUGAAUUCUAAAGAUAUGACAGAAUACACUGCUAAAUCAAACAAGACUUUUCUUAUACAGGGAUACAAAUGUAACUGCUGGAUUGUAAAGGACUGAUAUUGAUCAGGCGGCAUUAACAUACUGAUGGGUUUUUCAUGGGGGGGUUUACUCAUCCGUCUUCUCAUCCCUUAUUUACCAUGAGGCAAAUUAUUUGGGGUGCACGCUUCAGAAAAUGU